AUGGAUACUGAUGGGAUAAUUAUCCCUCUUGUAUCUAAAAGUACCGGUAUUAUACAUAUGGGGCCAAAAGCUGACGUAUUGGAAUCAGAUUUUCAAUUGUCACAAGGUGAUACUCCUGAAAGCAAGAACCGGCAAAAGAAGCAGGUAGAGGAAACAGAAAGAGAAAAACGCCGUAGAUUGAAAGCUGCGGCCGAGCUCAAACAAAAGAGAAGUUUAGAAAAGCAAGCCUCACUUAUGGAGCGUUUUCUGAAAAGAUGUAAAACAAAUUCCUCAUCUGAUGACAAAGUUUCAAAGAAAUCAACUGCAUCUGAUUUGUCAAGCGACAAGAAUGGAGGUUUGUUUGAGUCAGCUACGCUUUCAAUGGAUUGUACUCUCGCAUCAAGUGGUGAUUUAAAACUUGAGGAUAUUCGCAAGUCACACUUUUCUUCAUGGCGCUCGUUAAAACGAUCGUCUCGCUCAAACAGAAAACAGAGAUGGGGCUUACGUCAGAAUCCCAGGACUGAAGUUUUUAAGGAACUAAAGCUGACAGCUAUUAAAACUGAAGUUCAUGAUCAUGGGUUGGACAUGGAGAAACAUGUGGACAGAUUGGGUGAAUAUAAUUCUCAUAUCAGUUCAUGUCCAGUGAAUGCAGAUAGUUCUACUCUUAAUGCCAGAAAGAAACGUCGGGGGAGACAAUUAUUUCAGUUUGAUAAAUCUCAUAGACCUGCCUUUUAUGGAGUUUGGCCAAAAGAAAGUAAAAUUGUUGGACCACGCCAUCCUUUUAAGAAAGAUCCAGGCCUGGAUUAUAAAGUCAACAGUGAUGAAGAGUGGGAAGAGGAGGAACCGGGUGAAAGUCUUUCUGAUUGUGAUAGAGAUGAAGAAGACGGUCAAGAGGAAGGCCUAAAGUCUGAUGAAGAAAAUGAAGAUGGGUUUUUUGUACCAGAUGGUUAUCUCUCCGAAGAUGAGGUCCUGGGUAGGUGGACGAUCAAGGGCUUUGGUAUACAAGCGAACAGAAUGGAAAUAAAUGAUGACAUUGAGGGGGCUGAUAGCUCAUCUAUCUGUAAGAAUAACGCAGGGAGUGAGGAGUUUUGUGCUUUACUUCGGCAGCAGAAAUAUGUAAACAAUUUGACAGUGCAUGCUCUCCGGAAAAAUCAACCCUUGUUUAUAUCAAAUUUUAGUCACGACAAGGAGUUUCUAUCAGAUCACAACAUUAGUGGUACUUCUAAGCUGGAGCAGACGUGCUUGCAGGCCUUGAGUAUGCGCGUAAUUCCUGGCAGCUCACCUGUACAAAUAUCCAUGGACAAAAUGCGAGACCAGGAACAAAAAGUCCGCCUCUCUGUUGGUAAAAGUGGUGCUAGUCCAUCUGAUAUAGCUGUCAUUCCUGAUUCAGACCUACCCAUAAUUGUGACCACUAUUCAAAGUUGUUCUCAAGGUAUGAAUAAAGUGUUAGUGUCUUUGCAAAAGAAAUUCCCUUCUGUCCCUAAGUCCUUACUGAAGAACAAAGUGCGCAAAGUAUCUGACUAUGUUGAUAACCGUUUGCAGGUGAAGAAAGAAGUUCUGGAUAAGCUUGGCAUGACAGUUAAACCUGAAAAAGGCAGUGGGGGACCGAAGAGCAUUGCUGCAUUUUUUUCAAAAAGAUUUCACAGUUCAGACGUUGGAAAUGUUUGA